AUGACGGAUGCGACGUCAAAACCCAAAGAGCGCAGACCUAUCAACACUCGUAGCUUUGGACUCAAUGCACCUCCCAAAAACCUACCCUUCCCGCCAGCGUAUGCGAAUCUCACUGCUAUCGAGCUCCUCACGUUCCUCCCCAACUGCAUCAAAUGCUCCGACGUCAUAUACCGGUUCGUGUCCAACGGCGGGACGAGACACGUUUUCUGGGCCAUUGUCAACACGCAACGCGACCUGGAAGUAGAAUGGAAUGCGAACAGCUGCGGGGUACAGAUAUACAAAGCGAUGAGGGGUGCAGGUUAUGAGGACUGGACGAUAAAGAUUCAUGACAAGUGGCACGCUGCGAAGAGAGCGACGUGGGAUGAGCAAAACUUGGAUGUGUCUGGCUUGCAAGCGCCGGAUCAGCUUAAUAGAGGACAUCGACCAGCAAAUGACGUGUCUUUCGGGGACCUAGCGUUGGGAGUGAGGAGAAUGCCGGAAGGCGAGGAUGCGCUAGAUCUCACACGUAUGGUACGCUAUUGCAUACAAAAUCCUAACGAAAAAUGGAGGUACCCAAAGGACUACGUCGAGUUGUUAGACCUGAUAGGUGGCCCGGCGCAAACACACAAUGGACACACCGAUCGAGCGGCUUUCGGACGAUGGGAAAGAAUAACACCACCGCCUCCACGCCCGAAAGCUGCAAGCGCAUCCGUAGAUACGAUCGCGGUAGUGACAGAUGCAAAGACGGAGCAGAAGAGAAAGAGAGCGGGCAGUGUAAGAGGAAACACGGGCAUGACAGAAGACACACCAGCGAGAGGAAGUACACCGAGGCUAGUGAGGCAAAUCAAAACGAGAAGGACAGGAAAAUUGAGAGCCACAGCAUACGGAUCGGGUGAUUCAGAUACGAUGAAUAUCGAAGAUGAGGCCGUGGGCAGCAAGAUAUACAUACGCCAACCACCCCUGCACGUGGAACCGCCACAUGAUACCCCAGAACCACCCGACGUAGCGAUCGAAUCGAUCUUCCUUACAGAAGGCUGGGUGGGGGAGACCGACCUGUUCAGCGCAUACGCUUUUGGGAGCCAUCGCACCUUGCCGCCGUACCGAAUGUUGCACCGCAUGAGACUACCUGAUUCGGGAGAUGUUAGUGGUUGGGCGGAGAACCUAAGGUGGAUGUUUGAACAAAAAGCUUGCUUCCUGCACACCUAUCGGACAGUUGGGUGGAACGAGAGUUCUGAACACAUGGAAAUGAUUGCACAAAUUCGAAAAGAGCAGAUGUGGGCGUCAGACGAGCUGCUUGAUCACCUGAUGGAAACGCAAGGCGAGUGACGUCUUGGCUGGCGGCGCAAAGGCGUUUUGAACCAACACCGACGGCAACCUAAUCCUGUAAUUAUGUAUAGAAAGAAUUCACAAGAUUUCUGAUGGAAACCACCACAUUCGCGCCAGGGCCGAAUC